AUGAACUACAACAACAACGACAGCGACAAAAAUGGUGAUUCUGGUCGUCAGGCGUUGAGGGGAUUCUAUUCCUACAAGAACACGUUCGAUGAAGAUGCCGUAUGGCUUGAUAUUCCCAAAAACGUCAUCUUCGUGGACAAUACAGACCCGCAUGUUGAAGAACUGGAAGCAUCGUUACUGGCAACGGAUUCCAGAAGGUAUCGAAAUGUAUUAUCAAAUGAGCAACUCGACGCAAAUGUGGAGACUGACCACGAGAUCGCUUUUCUCUUGAGGCAUUUCGCCGAGAAUCCAGGUUACUGGAUGGAUCUUUUCGAUCUCGAUUGUUACUUUUCAUCACUGGUUCCUAUAAAGGCUCUGUCAAAUUCGCUCUUAAAGUAUGCUGCAUGUGCCUAUGCUGCAAAACAGCUCAGCCGGGUGCAAGGCGCAAAAGCCAUCAUGGGUGGUAGGUGCUCUAAACAAGCAUUGAUGGAGGUGUGGCCAGAUGCCGAUAAGGUGGACUGGGAGUGGUAUGGUGCAAAGUACUACGACAAGGCCAUUCAACUGCUAAUGAAAGAGCUGCAACACGACGGCACAAGCCCAGCGCCAUUGAGUACACCGGAAGCCUUUGGACAAUGGCAAGCAGCUGAACUGUAUGAUGGUGGGGAGCGGGCUGGUAAAAGGAGGAGGCGCUGUUCAAAUGGUCGUUUCUCUGGUUCACAUUCAGAUGAGGUUCUGGCGGCAACAGCAAUCCUUUCGGUGUAUGAAUUUCUAGAUGCAACAGGCCCAGCAUGGAAUCGUCACUUGAGUGGAGUGAAGUCCCUUCUUGAUAUUGCAGAAAUUGGUAUUAUGCCAUUGGGACAGGUGCAGUCUCCUGGGAAUGGCAUUCUGCCACGAUUGACUCCAGGUCUGUCGCGUGCACGAAGGGCUACGUUUUGGAAUUUCGCCCGACAAGACUAUCUCUCUGCUUUUAUCAACGAAUGCCAGACUCGACUGAACCCAGAAGACUUGCUGGUAUGGACCGAGGCCGGGUUACAACUAGAUAGCAACGGUUUUGUACGCCCAAGCAACACCGACGAAGAAAGCAACAUGAAAGAAGACAUGAUCUCAAAUGCUCUAAUCUGGCUUCUGUCCAAAAUCGUUAAUUUUAUUGAUGCAGGCGACCAGAUCAAUGUGGCUUCUACUGGCCGCCAAUCUGAUCAAGGGCCCAUGAUUGGGGUUUCGCAGAAUACACUGCUCGAACGUUGGCACAGGUUGCAAAGUGAGCUAGAUGUUUGGUACAACGGACUUCCAGAGACAUUCCAACCAUGUGCGAGACUUGAAUCGGCUCGGGUCCCACCAUUAGCCAACGGCGUCGAUGAUUGUCCGUUCGACGAGGUGUGGUUCAGCAUGCCCAUGUGUGCUUCCACAAUGCAACACUACCACAUGGCUCGAAUAAUACUGCUCAUUAAUAAACCACAUGAAUCUACCGCUCGACGGACAACUGUUACGGAUAGAUUAAAGUCAUACCGCUCAAUCGAAAGUGAGAUUCGGCUUCACAGCUAUGACAUUUGUAGUAUUUCGAUGUCUCGCAUGGAUGCAUCGUCCCGAAUUCAUUCAUUACAGCCAUUGUUCGUCACUGGACAGUGUCUAACCGAGCCCCGGGAACGUAGGACUAUCCUGGGAUUACUGAGAGGCAUAGAGGCGGACACUGGCUGGGCGACGGAAUACCGGGUAAAACAGCUGCUCAAAGACUGGGAGUGGGAGGAAGGGGCCACUGGGUCUUAG